GGUGCAAGCUCCCAACUCGACUCGUGUCUUGUUUCGGCUUCUUCCUCUUCUUUUACUUUUCGCUGAUUUAUCUCUCUUGUUCUGGCUUCUUGCUUUCUCUCUCUAAAACUACACGCAGAGCGAGCUCCGCUUCUCACUAUUGUCUUCCCUCUCUUUUCCAUGCUCUGUAAUAGAAGCAAAGCAGGAGUGGUGUUGUAGAGAGAGAAUGAGCCGCUACGAUAGCCGCUCGGCCGACCCCAGUUCGUACCGCGACAGGCGAAGUGAUGGGUUUGGAGGCAGAGGUGAGGGUGGGGGCUACAAUGGGCAAAAGUCGAAAGAUUUUGAUAACAUCUCUCUUCCUAAGCAAGACUUUGAUGGUUUAACACAUUUUGAGAAGAAUUUUUAUGUGGAAUCGGAAGCUGUGGCCUCCAUGACUGAAGAGGAGGUCGAAGCAUAUCGUCAAAGGCGCCAAAUUACAGUAGACGGUCGUGAUGUUCCCAAACCUGUUACGAAUUUUUGCGAUAUUGGGUUUCCAGAUUAUGUCAUGCAAGAGGUUUUGAGAGCUGGCUUUGUGGAACCUACUCCCAUUCAAGCACAGGGCUGGCCAAUGGCUCUAAAAGGUCGUGAUCUCAUUGGUAUUGCUGAAACAGGGUCUGGAAAAACACUUGCCUAUCUAUUGCCUGCAAUUGUGCAUGUUAAUGCUCAGCCAUUUCUAGCUCCUGGUGAUGGCCCGAUUGUUUUAGUUUUAGCUCCAACGCGUGAACUUGCGGUUCAGAUACAACAAGAAGCCUCAAAGUUUGGAGCCUCAUCCAAAAUAAAAAAUACAUGCAUAUAUGGAGGGGUUCCCAAGGGACCUCAGGUUCGUGAUCUUCAAAAAGGUGUUGAGAUUGUUAUAGCCACACCUGGACGACUGAUUGAUAUGCUUGAAUCCCAUGUUACAAAUUUGCGGAGGGUAACCUACCUUGUAUUGGAUGAGGCUGAUCGUAUGCUGGACAUGGGUUUUGAACCUCAGAUCCGGAAAAUUGUAUCUCAGAUACGUCCGGAUCGGCAGACUCUUUACUGGAGUGCAACUUGGCCCAAGGAGGUUGAACAACUCGCCAGACAGUUCCUUUACAACGCCUACAAGGUAGUCAUCGGUUCUAUAGACUUGAAGGCUAACCAUGCAAUACGCCAGCAUGUAGAAAUCGUUUCGGAAAACCAGAAAUAUAACAAGCUUGUAAAGCUGCUUGAGGAUAUCAUGGAUGGGAGCCGAAUAUUGAUUUUCAUUGAUACUAAGAAAGGAUGUGACCAGGUCACAAGGCAGCUUCGGAUGGAUGGGUGGCCUGCACUCUCAAUCCAUGGAGAUAAAAGCCAAGCAGAAAGAGAUUGGGUUCUUUCAGAAUUCAAGGCUGGCAAGAGCCCAAUUAUGACAGCUACUGAUGUUGCUGCUCGUGGCUUAGAUGUGAAGGAUGUGAAGUAUGUCAUAAACUACGAUUUCCCUGGAUCUCUUGAGGAUUAUGUGCACAGAAUUGGCCGAACUGGUAGAGCUGGGGCCAAGGGUACUGCUUAUACAUUCUUCACUGCUGCAAAUGGAAGGUUUGCAAAGGAGCUAAUUAGUAUCCUUCAGGAAGCUGGUCAAAAAGUCAGUCCCGAGCUGGCUGCCAUGGGUCGGGGUGCUCCUCCACCUCCUGCACCAGGUCAUGGAGGUUUUCGUGAUCGUGGGAAAGGUUUCGGAGGUCGUUCGUGGAGCUGAUGAAGAUAGAAGGCCAAAGGGAUUGUGCAUUUCUGGUACCCAAAACAGGAUAAACUUAGGUAACCUGCAGCAAACAAUUAUGGCAUUUCUCUUGUUUUGUUGGUCACCACCACUGGCUCCAAUUUCAGUUAUUUCAAGGUGGUGUUCAGACGCCAUAGGUUUUUGCUCGGGUGCAUUGUAAGAUAAAGAAUUCCUCUGUAAGAAUGCCCUUUUUGGCAUGGUGAAAGCAAAGAAACGAGUUAUAUUCAGGUUAUCUUAUUGAGAAGGCUCCCAUGAUCAUACCCUUGUAAUCUACUGAUUUGGGACUAGUUGUUUGCUACUUGAUAUAACCAUUUAUGCGCUUCCAAGAAAGUUCUUGAGAA